AUGCCCUGUUCCUCUAUCACCCUGCUUUUUGGUCUCUUUAUACUUUAUUGUUCGCAAACCCCUGAUGCUAAAGAUAGCAAUCUGUCAUCAAGUCCGCCACUAAGCCUAAAUGUGUCAAUUUCAUGUAGAGGAAAAGAAAUUGAGCACUGUGUGACAUGUACUAAGACUGGAUCUCUGUGCAAAACAUGUGAUAAUGGAUAUGGGCCUAAGUACCCAGAUCUUUCUGCAUGCUAUGAUUGUACAAAGGAUCUUGGCAAGACAAACACCACGGGAUACAAUUGUGCAGAUAUCAUGUGCAACAUUCUAAUGACGAAUUGCCAAGAGUGCACAGAAGAUGGCAGCGGCUGUAAGACAUGUGCUCUUGGAAGCCACCGAGUAGGGGAUCGAUGCGUUGCGUGCGAAGACGAUAGAAUGGGAAAGAACUGUGCAGAUAGGUUGUGUGCUAGUACUGUAAUCCCCUAUUGCUCAAAAUGUAAGGGCAUACAAGCUUCCUGUGAGACUUGCGAUGAGGACUAUCAGUUGACCGACGAAGGUAGGUGUGAGCCGUGUCCUGAGGGAACCAGUGGCAACAACUGCCGCCAAAAGCAGUGUAACGGCUUUGCUAUUUAUGACUGUAAGGUCUGCGGCCCUGACAAUAGUAUGAUGUGUAGGGAGUGCAACGAUGACUACAAGCUAGAUGUCUAUGAACAGACAAUGAUUGACGGUGUCUUGGUGAGCUUGGGGAAAUGCGUGGCAUGUCCAGAUGGGCGUUUAGGGCCUGAGUGCUCCCUUCUGAAGUGCGGACUCAAGAAAUUGGAGCACUGCACGUCUUGUGGGACGACGGGAAAGUGCGGCGUUUGCUUUGAUGGGUACGCACCAAACACUAGCGGGAUUUGUACACCUUGCGAAUCUGGACUAAGUGGCGUGAACUGUGUUGUUCGGCAAUGUGGGUUUAACCUAUUCGAGGGCUGUGCCAGCUGUGACCAGAUUGAUCCCAAUGCAUGCGGUUCUUGCAGCAGUGGGCGCUUUAAGAGUUACACGCUUGAUAAUAUCUUCUAUGAAUCAUGUGUUGAAUGCCCUUUAGGUUGUGCCAGUUGUGAGUCCUUGAGUAAGUGUACUUCUUGUUUAUCGGGAUAUAGCGGUGAUAUGUGUACCACGUACAAAUGUCUUGGCGUGUCUUUGGAAAACUGUAUUCAAUGUCCUCCUCUUUCCAACAAGUGUUCUAAGUGCAGGGACAUAGCAACAUUGGUCAAUGGGCAGUGCGUUAUCAAGGGUUGUGGCAUAGCACAUUGUGUAGAAUGCACGAAUGAUGGUACACCCCAGUGCACAACAUGUGACGAAGGGUACUACCUUAACCCAAGCCCGUCGGGGGAGCAGGAUACAUGCAUCUCCUGUGCUCAUAUACCUGGCUGCCAGGUUUGCGAUUCGACAGGUGUCUGUCUGAUCUGCGCUUCUAAUGCGUCUCCUGGCCCCGAGGGUGGACCACAGUGCAUUUUCUGUGAGAGCAUAACACUUGGAUGUGCUAAGUGCGUCGGAGAUACCAGAACAUGCACGGAUUGUAAGUCAGGGAUGUUCCUGUUUAAUGGAGAGUGUCUCUCUUGCCAAGACCGCUGUUUGAAGUGUCUUUCUGAUGGUCGAUGUUUGGGCUGCGAGACUGGGUACUAUGUUUCUGAGACACACACUUGCGCAAAGUGCAUGGAUAACUGUGCUAUUUGCAGCUCCGCCACUUCCUGUGGCACAUGUGCUCCAGGAUACUUCUUAUCAACGAGCAACGGGGUAUCCAGCUGCCUUACGUGUAUCGAAAAUUGCGCUGAAUGUAAGCAAACAGGCACUGCGUCUUUUGAGUGUACUAACUGUGCACCAGGUUACUAUCUCGCUGGAACACAAUGUGUUAAAUGCCUGGCCAACUGUGAGUUAUGUGAAAGGGAAUAUCAUUGCUCCGUGUGUGCACAAGGAUUCUAUCUGACCCUCGACACAACGAGCUCGCCAAUCACAAUGAUCUGCCAGCAGUGCGAUCCCAACUGUGAGAUUUGCAGCCUGGAAAAAAAGGAUGGUAAGUCUAUAUGCGAGAAAGCAGCAAAAGGGUUUUAUAUCACAGAAUCUAAAACAAUAGAGCAGUGCAUGGAGAACUGUUUGAGUUGCGACAAUGGGACUCAAUGCAACCUGGCGAUGGAUGGAUACUACUACAAUUCCGAGGAUGCAUCCAUUAAUCCGUGCUCGGAAGGGUGUCGUCUUUGUAUCGAGAAGAGAGGCUCCUCCAGCGGGUCCACAUGUUAUGAGUGUGUGGCUGGAUACCGGUUGUCCUUAUUCAAUGGCGUCAACAUAUGCGUUUUCCCAAAGAGCAACAGCCAGACAAAUACAGGCCUCAUAGUAGGAGUUAUUGUCUUCAUUAUUGUACUCAUUCUCAUCGUUGUUACAGUAGUGCUUCUUAUUCGUCUUCGUAAGAGGAUGGACCGGGAAGAUGCAAUAUUCUGUGAACAAAAUACCACGCUCAUCCCAGACGGCCAGGGGCUGGAGUAUCAAGACUCGGAGGAGCCGUGA